UGAGAAUUGUUAAACUAAUUUAAAUUAAAUUAACAUGUAUGUGACAUAAAUCUGGUCAAGGUAAAAAAAAAAAAAGAAGCAGCAAACAAUUUUCAAAACGUUGCUGCAUCUAUGUUACAGACAAAAUGUGGCUUGUUUUGUGUCCACGUUCACAAGAGAGCGCAUUUGUGUGUGUGUGUGUGCAUGUGCAUGGAUGUGUGUAUUGGACAUUCUUAUGUCUAUGAUGACGGCAACUAAGUGCAAUUGCACUAGAAUCUACGAAGCGCCAAUUUCAUGCACACUUACGUGUAAAUAAUCGGAGAAAAACAAAUGUAACGAUUAUUACUUGAUGAAUAGCCGUUCAAAGGACGAACGUUGUUAUGAAUUAUACCGAAAUCGAAGGUAAAGUUCGUGAAGCCACAAACGAUGAUCCGUGGGGACCGACAGGGCCUCUGAUGCAAGAAUUAGCCCACGCAACAUUUUCAUAUGAAAGUUUUCCCGAAGUAAUGUCGAUGUUAUGGAAGCGCAUGCUACAAGACAAUAAAACCAAUUGGCGUAGAACGUAUAAAAGUUUACUACUGCUUAAUUAUUUGGUGCGUAAUGGAUCAGAACGUGUUGUAACCUCAUCGCGCGAACACAUAUAUGACUUGCGUUCCUUGGAAAAUUACACAUUUACAGAUGAGGGAGGCAAAGAUCAGGGUAUUAAUGUUAGACAUAAAGUAAGAGAACUUAUAGACUUUAUACAGGACGAUGAACGCUUACGUGAGGAACGUAAAAAAGCGAAAAAGAAUAAGGAUAAGUACAUUGGUAUGAGUAGCGAUGCAAUGGGUAUGCGUGGAAUAGGUAGUGGCGGUUAUAAUGACAGUGGUUGGAAGACAACGCGCAGUGAUCACGGUGAAAAUUGGUACUCUGAUUCACGUCCCGGCGAUCGUUAUGAAUAUGAUGAUGAUGCUCAUUAUGAAGGGGAAAAAGAAUUCUCUGAUAGUGAUUCACCCAGCCCAAGAAGAAGUUAUCGUUAUAAUGAUCGUGCCAGUCCCGCUGAAAUUGUAAACGAAUCGAAAACCUCAAAUAGCAUUAAUAUGAAUAUACGACCGAAAUCCGCUAAUGCUUCCUUAGGUAGUGGCACAUCUAUUAAGCAACCACAUCCUAAAAUUCCUGUAGGUUCUAAAAAAAUUGAUAUGGGUGCAGCGGCAAAUUUUGGAAAAACUCCUGCGACAAGUACAACUACAGCCGGCAUACACUCACCCACACAUCGGGACACUCCCACAGCAACCGAGAGUAACGAUUUAAUCGGUUAUAUGGCCAUUAACAAUAACAACACGCAACAAAGCAAUAGUAGUAACAAUAAUACUGUAAGUGAACUUUUUAAAACGUGUGCACCGCCAGCACGUACAGAAGCAACUCUGAAUAGUGCUGCCGUCAUUGAUGACGAUUUAGAUGACUUUAAUCCACGUGCUGCCGAAAGCGCACAAACGGAAUUCGGUGAUUUUGCAGCAGCUUUUGGUGCAGCAAAAUCCUCUAUCACUGAACCUCCUUCAGGCGGACUUUGUGGUUCCAACGCAUCUACCACCGAUGAUUUUGCUGAUUUCUCUGCAUUCCAAAGUAAUAGCAUCUCAACUGCUGACACUCAACCUGAUACGGGAAUUGUGGGUGGCUUGGAUGGAAAUCUUCUAACAACUACCACACCAGCCAACGAUGCAUUUGAUUUAUUUAAUUCCACGAAUGCCACAUCCACUGUGACUACUGACCUCUUGGCUGGACUCGGUGACUUGUCAAUACAUCAAAGUAUGCCAAUGGCCGACAAAGAUAACCAUGAAAAGGACCAAGUCUUUCCGCCUCAUUUAAGAGCCAAACUACAGCAAGCGAUACUCGAAUUACAAUCGUUAACUGAAGUACAAUCAUCUAACGAAAUUUGUGGAAUACAGGGAAUAAUCAAAGAUUUAUUAAGCGAACCAGCUCUGCCGGGCUAUACUACAUUAGAAAAAUUAUGUGAAUUUGACAAAGAUUAUAUAAAGUGGCAGCUAAUCGCCCAUAAAGAGUAUACCGAUCUUUUAAAUGCCGUUUGCCAAUUAUUUAGCACCUAUUGGCCAAAGGAAUUAACCACAAAUGAUAUGUAUAUUUUAAAUAUAUUUAAAAUUGAUUACAAUUUCAACUUCAUAUUUGAGAGUUUUAUGUGUUUAAAUACCAAACUGGAUAAACUACCUGAAACCAUAGCAGUGGUAUUGGAAUAUUUGAUAAAGGAUGAGGAACUGUUAGCAAUCAGUUUCUUGCACAUUUGCAGAGAGAGAGCAAUUUUGUUGGGAACACGCAAGGAAGCCACCGAAAAUAUAACGAGACAAAAAGCAGAGGAAUUUGAGGAAAAUGUGGCCAAUUAUUUGCAAUUGUUGAUAAGUUUACCGGACCGUAUAGCAAAUAAUCUCUUGGGAAAAAUAUCAAAGACAUUCACACCUACUUGUUAUGGAAAGAUAUUAAUGCAACACUUUUUGAAAUCCUUAUGGUUUUUAGUGCAUCUAGAGGAAUUUAAAGAGGAAGACUUUAAUAUACAGUUCCUUACCGAUCUACUAAAUCGCGUUGUUAUUGAUUUAUAUGCGGAUUCGCCGGAGGAUGCGAAUAUUUUAUUGCUAUUGCAAAUACUGGCAGAAAUGGCUAAAUCCCAUUCUUGCGCCCGAGUUAUACAAUUAAUGUUAUGCAACAUAAGCAGCAAAUAUUCCACAGUGGCUUAUCGUUUGGCUUUACUUAUGCUGAAGAAUCAAAUCAAUGUUUAUUUGUUAUUAGGCCCUGCUAUACGAAAUAAUAAUACUUGGCAAUUGUGUUUCAUGCAUAAACUAGCUGUACAAAGAAUUCCACAUACUAAUGAGGCUCUAUUGGGCUUAGUGCAGUAUAUAGCGAGCGUGGACGAACAAAAACUAAAACAACUUUUUCAACUUUUAUUGGAGACUUGGUCAAAGCGUAUAGUCUUGCAAAAACUAUCUCAUAAAGAACAUCUUAGUUUAUCUAAAUUAAUGUUACUGACCGCUAAAAAUCUAUACGAUCUAAAAGAAAAAGAAAAAUUUCCGCCCGCUGACGAUAAUGAUACCAAGCGGCUGUUGCAUGCAGGCUUGCGAAACCAUUUGGAAUGUAGUGACUACGAGCAAAGAUAUAUUGGAAUGAAAGUAGUGGAAUUAAUAUUUAAUUGGAUGACAGAUCCCGAGGCCAAAGAGGAGGAGCGAUUAAAAUUCGAUUAUAGUUGUAUUGAAGGUUCUUCUAAAGGCGAACUAAUCCAGGAAUUGGAUAAGUUGAUGGAAGAAAGUGCUUCACGUAGAGAAGAAAAUAUCGAACCAGAAAAUCUAGAAGAGCUUUUGAAAGAAUUUUUACAAUCUAAAGUAAAUUGCGCAACGCAGUCAAGACCUUCGUUCAGUAAAGUCGCCGAAAUUUCUUCUUCUUGCUCAUCAGCGCAACCAGCAGAACAACCGUCUGCACCUUAUAAAACUAAUUGUACAGAAGUAAAUAUAGACUCAGAUGAUGAUGACGACCUACAAGCUUAUGAUAUGUCUAAUGAUACGCCACAGCUUCUAGAGAAGCGUCCAAAAUUUUUGCUUGACUUGCUUAACACUCUCAGUACAAAAUGUGAGGAUUAUGAAACAUUUACAGCCGCGCUCGACACAGCCGAAUCAUUGAUUAGAAAUCAACUGCCGCAUUCUGAUAUAUAUAUGGCGUUGGACUUGAUGAGAAUAUUUCUAAUUCUAGAAAUGCAAUUUUUCUUCGAAAACUUCGACGAAACUAAAUUCAAAUGUUGUGUAGCGAUUUGUGUUAGCUAUCCAGCUGCUUGUGCCGAAUACAUUUGUCGCGAAUUUCAUACAGACAACUCACACUACAAUGCAGAUCUAAGAAUUAUAAUGUUACAGAUUUUAUCUCAAACGGCUAAAGAACUCUGUGGGGCUAUUGCAGUUGAAAGUGCUUCUCUCGAGACAAUAAAGCCAAUGCAAAACCGCAAACCUGGAUUACGUAAAUUUACUUUUGUCAACGAACAUCGUGAACGUUUACUUGAAGCUCGUAAGAUUAUCCGGCAAAGAUUACGAGAAAAAACUAAACGUUAUUGCAGCAAAUCGAACAAUAGUGCUAAAGACAAAGCUGAAGUAAAUCGAUUUCAUUCAGUAGUGGGCACGUUUUUCUUUUGUCUAGUUCGUGGCGAACGUACUAAACAAAUGUUGUAUAUAAGAUAUGAUCGCUUAGCUCACGAUGUGGAUACGAUGUUGUUGGUUAACUUUUUGCAUACCCUUUCAAUUAUUGUUAUGGCUGCAGAGAAUAGUCCUUUGAUUGCAUCGAUAGCACGCGAAGUCUUUGACCUUUGUUCUUUUGCUCGGUUUAGCCUUGAAUCAUCUGUACGUUUGGCCACUUUGGAAUUGCUGGGCAUUACCUUGAUUACAACACCUGGUUACAUAAUGUUGGAGCAAUUAAAUGAACGUUUAAUGGAAUUGAAAUGUUGGUUGGAAGAUUUCAUAAAAUCACCCUUGAUUGGUGGCGAAAAAUCCGAGGAAUGUCGCGAAGUUGCUGCACAAAUUUUAUCAACCUGCUAUAAAAUAAUAACUCCUGAGAAUUUUGAAAAUACUUAAACAUUUAAGUUACAAAUAAUCAAAGGGAUUUUUUGUUUUCAUUGUUAAAUAAAUUGAAAUUUUCCAAUUUUAGUUUAGCUAUUGAGUUUGCUUAAUUCGCAUAUUGGGAAUUUGACAAUCAUAAGCCUUGAUUAAAUUAAUCUUUCUUUUAAGUUACCCUAUGAAUCUGAUACGUUACCUAAAGGCUUGAAUAAUGUUUUCAUUUUCACAUGUCAACUUUUAUAGGAACUACAAACUCUUGAACCUUUAAGGUCGAUGUUGUCAACUCAGGUCCAUAUAUUAUAAACA